GAAGAAAAGAGAACCCACCAAAAGAAAAGUAAUAAAACCUGAACUAUCACCAUCAGCUCAUUACAACAGUUAACUUCCUGCCUAUGAGUGUUUCAAAGAUGACUCCCCCGAAAGCUUGAGAUAAAUACACGAUUAUGAAACAGACUAGGACUUCCGGCUCAGGGCCUUCUCGAGAUGAUCACCGACGUGCAGCUCGCCAUCUUCACCAACACGCUGGGCGUGUCGCUCUUCCUGCUCGUCGUCCUCUACCACUACGUGGCCAUCAACAACCCCAAGAAGCAGGAGUGAAGGCGGCAUGGCCGGCAGGGCUCCAG